AUGUUGGUGACCUCAAGGCAAAGCCCAUCACAAAUAUCCGGCAUGACGCCAACCCCCAGUCUGGACACGGGAACAACAACCACCCUAGCAAGAAUUACAGGCUCACUGUCCCAUGAAGCUGCGUUCCAUCCCUUAUUGACAAACAUCACGAUCCCCGCAGAUCCCCAUGGAAAGAUUCGACAAGCAUUCGAACAAACACCAAACAAAGUAUCAAUCUCAGGUUUCGCUGUUUUCAAAGACAAACUUGGAUUCUCAGAUGCGCACUCGUGCAUACUUUGGAGAUUCUAUUCUCUGGCGCUCGCUCGACUUCGAGUUACACAUAAUGUCAAUGACAAUGCCAAAGUCAUUGCGCAGUCGUUAUUUACUGCUCUUCAUCGCGAAUCUGCAUCGGAAUCGACACAGACCAUAGGUCCCCUCACCGACAAAGUCGAAAGUCUGAUACUGGCAGGCUUAAGGUAUGAAAAUAUCGUAACGAGAUUGGGUAUCGGGAGUUUGUUUCUUCUUGGGCAGGAUAUAGGGCGUCUAGUAUGGGAGAAAUGGCUUCCAAAAAAUGGUGCCCUCUUUGAACAUGCCAUGAGCCAUCUGGAUCAAGCUGGUGUCGUUGCAUUGGGCAAGACCUACGAGCAACUAGCCGAAAAGAUUGUUCGCCAUUUGAUGAACGAUGCCUCAACGUCUUGGAUCGCCGAGAGCGGCCAUCAGAUCCAGCGACCGCAGAAGACAAGCCGUGACCGUCGCAAUUCGAUAACCGAACCGGCGACCAAGCGGCCUUGUCAUGGCGAGAAAGCUGACAUGACGGUGAAUUGUCAAAGCAGAGCAGAGCUAUGCGAUCAACUUGCAGCCAACCCCCCGAGCAAUCGAACUCUCAACUCCGAACUACCUGCUUGGGCCGCAUUCAAUACUGAUGUUCGCGAGCCUGCAAUCAGCGCCGAUUCGUCCACUUCCAAAAGUAACCUCAACUCCUCAAAUACACUACGGAGUGCAGCAGAUGAUGUUGUGGGGUCUAAGCAUAUCGCGUCAAUUGAAAGUCCAUCAAUUGCGAUCGCCUCCGAAGAAGUGUUUAAUGAUGGUUGUCGAAGGGAUAUUACUAUCGACGGACAACCCGAAAUGGAAAGCAGCGGACGGCGGUGGGUUGAUCCAAUGUCAAGUUGCGAAUCGCUCUCCCGUCCAGCAAGUGGACCUGCGCAUAAUCAAGGAGAAGCGGAUGGCAUCACACAUAACCAAGAACGAGUAACUUGGGAGUCUACCACGAGGGACGGAGCACUUCAAUUGAAGGGUGCUAGGGAGGCUAUACCCUUCAAAAUGACCAUGGCCUUGCCUGAGGUGUGCAAGCUCGAGUUGGUUCUUGGAGCUCAACUUUUCAGAGGUAUGAAUGCAAGCUGUAUGAGACAGUUGGAGAAGGAGAGCCGAUGUAUUUCAUACACCGAGACUCUAUGUUUGCAUCCUUCUCGCGAAGACGGGGAUUGGAAGUUAGAGAUCUGGUGGCAAUCGGAUGAAUGA